AUGUCACACGGAAACAGCAGCCCCGGAGCAGUCAUUUUCUGGUUCGUUCUCCUCGAUUUCGCUAUUCAGUGGACUGCGUGCCUCUUCUCCGCAGUCUACCAGACGGAGCUUUUCUUUGAUUUAACCGGAUCCUGCACGUUCCUUCUCGGCGCCUUCCUCUCCCUCGCUAUAGGCGGGUCGCUCCACCAGAGACAAGUGGUAGCAUCAUCGCUCGUUUCAAUCUGGGCCGUUCGUCUCGGAACAUUCCUCUUCACCCGCAUCCUCCGGAGGGGGAAGGACUCUCGGUUCGAUGGCGUGAGGGACCACCCCGUCUACCUCAUGAUGUUCUGGACCGUGCAGGGCAUGUGGGUGCUGCUCGUCUCGCUGCCUCUGCUCAUUCUCAACGCCUCCCAUCCUCAACCACAAUGGCUCUCUGCUACAGACGUGGCAGGAAUGGCUAUAUGGCUCACUGGCUUCCUCAUUGAGACCAUAUCCGACCAUCAGAAGUUACUCUUCAGCCUGAGACAGGAGAACGAGGGCAGGUGGAUAUCCACUGGUCUAUGGAGCUGGAGCCAGCACCCAAACUACUUUGGAGAGAUCCUCCUCUGGUUUGGCCUCUACCUGCUCACCUACUCCGGCCUCUCGCCUACCUAUCGCCUCAUAUGUCUUGCGAGUCCUCUCUUCACACUCUAUGCACUCGUGCGCAUGAGCGGGAUCCCCUUGUUGGACAAGGCGUCGCAGCAGCGGUGGGGAAAAGAUGCAGAGUAUCGAGCGUAUCGCGAGUCGACCUCCAUUCUCAACGACGAGGAGGAGGCGGAGGAAGGGGAGGAUAACGAGGAGGAGGAGGAGGAGGAGGAGGAGGAGGAGGAGGAGGAGGAGGAGGAGGAGGAGGAGGAGGAGGAGGAGGAGGAGGAGGAGGAGGAGGAGGGAGAGGAGUCGGACCUAGCUUCCGCCGAUGACGGGUCAGUCAGACGCAGGAGCGGCAGAGGGAGAGCCGGGGGACGGGACUGGGCAGCGGGAGGGGCGCAGGGGCACGCGCAGGGACAGGCGCAGGGGCAAGGCGCAUCGAGCAUUGCGGUGUCCAUCGAUCUGCAGUUCUUCGGCAUUGGCGGGGAGAGGGAGCUCGUCGCCACAGCGCAUGAGCAGCCGCAAUCACCGCCGCCGCCGCCGCCGCUGGCUGAGUCGCCAGCGGCGCCUGGCGAGGAGGGCGCGGGCUUGGCGGAGGAGGGGGGGAUGACGACAGCAGAAGCGAGAGGAGGCGUUGCGGGAAAAGGCGGGUUCGACAGUCCGCUAGCAAGCGCGGUUCACGGCGCGUUUCACAGCGCUCACGGUUCCGCAGCUCAUGAUGCUUCUGCUUCCCCCGCUUCCGCCUCCCCUUCCGCCUCCCCUCAGCCCAAGCCGCUCCGCCGCGGGUUAAGCAUCGGGGGAAAGGUUCACAUGCCCAUGCCGUCAGACCCAUUCAACCGGUCCCAGACUGCCGUUUUCUCGCAGCCGGCUAGCCGGGAAGCGGGGAAUGCUGGAGACGGGGGAAACGCAGGGGACACGGGGAAUGCAGACAGGGGAAACGCAGGGGACACGGGGAAUGCAGACAGGGGAAACGCAGGGGACACGGGGAAUGAAGACAGGGGAAACGCAGGGGACACGGGGAAUGCAGACAGGGGAAACGCAGGGGACACGGGGAAUGAAGACAGGGGAAACGCAGGGGACACGGGGAAUGCAGACAGGGGAAACGCAGGGGACACGGGGAAUGUAGACAGGGGAAACGCAGGGGACACGGGGAAUGAAGACAGGGGAAACGCAGGGGACACGGGGAAUGCAGACAAGGGGAACGCAGUGGAAAUCGGGAACGCUGACAGGGGGAACGCAGGGGAAAUCGGGAACGCUGACAGGGGGAACGCAGGGGAAAUCGGGAACGCUGACAGGGGGAACGCAGGGGAAAUCGGGAACGCUGACAGGGGGAACGCAGUGGAAAUCGGGAACGCUGACAGGGGGAACGCAGGGGAAAUCAGGAACGCUGACAGGGGGAACGCAGGAGGCGGGCGUAGGGGGAGGGGGAACGCAGAUGGGGAGAACAUAGACAGGGAGAGUGCUGACGGGGGGAAUGUAGGGGAUUGGGGAACACAGUUUUGUUCGAGGAGGAGGAGGGGAUUUGGCCUGCCACAUAAGGAGAGGAAGUAUGGGGGUGAGGAAGGGGGAGAAAAGGGACACGAAUUGGGUGCGGUUCCUCCUCCCCCGCCCUCCUCUGCCACUGCACCUCUCCCCCCACAGAGGGCCAUUUCCCCCAGCACUGGGGCCAUUUCCCCCCAGCACUGGGUGCACGAUGCUAUCGACGUCCACUGGCUGCUUUUGAGGCGCCUCAAGACUCCUUCCAUCCCCAACCCCCCUUUUCUCUCCCCUGUUCCUCCUCUCGAACCGCCCUCCUCUGCCACUGUACCUCUCCCCCACCAGAGGGCCAUUUUCCCCAGCACUGGGUGCAGGAUGCUAUCGACGUCCAUUGGCUGCCAGAGCCCCCUCUCAGUUCACUGGGACGGCCGUCUUUCCUCUCCCACCAGCACUGGUUGCAAGACGCCAUUGAUAUCCACUGGCUGCCAGACGCCAUUGAUAUCCACUGGCUGCCAGACGCCCUUCUCCGGAAAUUCUCUUGGGAAUGCCCCCACAUCGACUGUAUGCUUCCCCGUGUGCUCCCCCCGUUGUAUCCUCUCGCAUGUGCUGCCCACCAUUGUGCUGCCCACCAUUGUGCUGCCCACCAUUGUGCUGCCCACCAUUGUGCUGCCCACCAUUGUGCUGCCCACCAUUGUGCUGCCCACCAUUGUGCUGCCCACCAUUGUGCUGCCCACCAUUGCGCUGCCCACCAUUGUGCUGCCCACCAUUGUGCUGCCCACCAUUGUGCUGCCCACCAUUGUGCUGCCCACCAUUGUGCUGCCCACCAUUGUGCUGCCCACCAUUGUGCUGCCCACCAUUGUGCUGCCCACCAUUGUGCUGCCCACCAUUGUGCUGCCCACCAUUGUGCUGCCCACCAUUGUGCUGCCCACCGUUGUGCUGCCCACCGUUGUGCUGCCCACCAUUGUGUUGUCCCACCCUGUACGGUCCCCAUUGUGUUGUCCCACCCUCAUAUCAGCCAUGCUGGGCCGCCCGGCCCGGGCAGUGGAGGGGCGCGUGCUGGACGAUUUCAUAGCCCGGGAUGACCUGGCGCACUGCAGUGCCGCCCUGGCAGCCAUGCUGGGCCGCCCGGCCCGGGCCGUGGAGGGGCGGGUGAUGGAGGAUUUUAUUGCCCGGGAUGAAGUGGCAGCCUUCCAGGCGUGGUUCUCGACAGUCUCUGACGCCGUCCUACGUGGCGCGUCCAUGUCAGCGCCAGCGUGGCAGCGGCAGCGCCAGCACGACGUGCGGCUGGUGCUGCCGGGCGGCAAGCUGCGUCCUGUGCGGAUCACGGUCGAGGCCGCCCCUCCAACUUCCACUGGUGGAGGAGUGGGAGCAGGGGUAGCGGGUGGUGGUGGUGAUGCUGCUGCUGCUGGUGGUACUGGGAAUCAUGUGUCGAUGGUCAUGGCUGUGAUUUGCGACCUGGCAGCUGCCAGCACUGCCAAGGUGCGUGAUCUGCCUGGCCAAUCCUCCUUCCCCCUUCCCCCCAAUCCCCCCCUCCUCUCCUCUCCCUGCGUCUCUCCGUACCAGCCGCCCUCCUCAGAUCGCCACCGCUUCAUUCUGGAGCAUCUACCUGCGGGCGUGGUGCACGUGCUGCCGCAGCCGGGGGGAGCGGGGGGGGCAGGGGGAGCGGGGGGAAAGGGUGGGGAGGUGCUGGUGAAUGCGCAUGUGGAGGCGAUAGUGGGGUACUCGCGGGAGCAGCUGGGGAGUGUGGACGAGUGGUUCUCGCUGCUGUUCCGGGAGCGAGAGGCCGAGGUGCGCAAGAUGAUGGAUGCAGAUCGCAAGGCAGGCUUCCCUCACCCAUGCUGCAUGCUCUGCGUGCGCAAGGUGAUGGAUGCGGACAGGAAGGCGGGGUUCCCCCAUCCGCGCACCAUGCGUGUGGUGCGGAGCGACGGCGAGCAGCGGUGGGUGGAGGUGGUGGGGCGCGACUGCAGCCAUCUCUCCUCUUCCAGUGACAUAACCGGGGGAGCAGCGGAGGGGGGAGGCGGCGGGGAGCUGUGGGUGGUGAGUGACAUCACGGACCGGCUGAUCGUGCAGGAGAAGUUCCGCCUGCUCUUUGACUUCUCCUCGGACGGCUAUCUGGUGUGUGACGAGACGGGGAUCACGGAGUGCAACAAGGUGGCGGUGAGGUGGGGUUGUUGCACUCCACGAGACGGGGUCACGGAGUGCAGGGGGCACAAGGACGGCUACCUGGUGUUUGAUGAGACGGGCAUCACCGAGUGCAACGAGGCGGCGGUGCGCUGCCUGCGCUGCCCCGACAAGGCCAGCCUGCUGGGCCACCACCCCGCGCUCUUCUCGCCGCUGAAGCAGCCGGACGGGCAGCUGUCCAAAGAGAAGGCUAAAGCCAUGGACCGGAGGGCAGAGCAGCACGGCAUGCACAAAUUCGAGUGGGUGUACCAACGUUUCGACGGCUCUCUAGUCCCAAUAGAAGUGACGCUGACGUUCCUGGAGGUGCAGCAGCAGCACGCCAUGUACCUGGUGGUGUGGCACGAGGUGGCGGAGAUCAAGCAGCAGGCGGAGGAGCUGAGAGCCGCCAAGGACGCCGCUGAGAAGGCCAGCCAGGCCAAGAGCCAGUUCCUCGCCAACAUGAGUCAUGAAAUCCGUACCCCUAUGAAUGGUGUGAUCGGAGUGGCGGAGCUGCUACUGGGCACGGACCUCACAGCGGAGCAGCGGUCGUACCUCGAGAUCAUCCGCUCCUCUGGCGACAAUCUCCUGAGAAUCAUAUCGGACGUGCUGGAUCUAUCCAAGAUCGAAUCCAAGAACCUGGCACUAGAGCACAUCGAGUUCAACAUCCAGCAGCAGGUGACAGAGGCGCUGGCGCUGCUAGAGGUGGUGGCGAAGGACAAGGGGCUGUACUUGGAGCUGGAGAUCGCUGAAGAGGUGCCGUCCGUGGUGGUGGGCGAUCCAGUGCGGUUGAGACAGGUGCUGCUGAACCUCAUCUCCAACUCCAUCAAAUUCACUGAUAAUGGCGGAAUCACAGUGGACCUGCGUCUGGCCACUGACGAGGAGAUCAAAGAGGUCGAGCAGGCAGCGACCCCGAAGCUUCUUACAGACGGCGCCACCAACACCACUGCCGCUGCUGGCGGCGGCGGCAACAGCAACAGCGGCAGCAGGAGCGGGAACCAGAGCAAGGGCGGCGGCAAGGGGAAGGAGGGAGAAAGCGAGGAGGAGAGCGAGGGAGAGAGCGAGAGUGAAAGUGAGAGCGAGGGGGAUGAGAGUGUGAUGGUGCGGUUUGAGGUGCGGGACACGGGAGUGGGCAUGGACGAGAGUGCGCGCAGCCGGCUGUUCAAGGCGUUCUCGCAGGCCGAUAACUCCACCAGCCGCCGCUACGGUGGCACGGGGCUGGGCCUGGCGAUCUGCAAGAGCCUCUGCAAUUUGAUGGGGGGCGAUAUCAGCCUUCACAGCCAGGUGGGCGUGGGGUCCACCUUUUACUUCCACGUGCGGGUGGGCGUGGUGAGGCGCGACGCCCAGUCAGCCACGGCAUCGGCGGAGCAGUCGCUCACAAGUGACGUGGAGCCGCUGUGGAAGCACCUGCAGGACCUCAGAGUGCUCGUUGCCGAGGACAACAAGGUGAAUCAGAUGGUGGCGACGCGCAUGCUGCACAACCUGGGCCUCAAGUACGACGUGGUGGAGAACGGCAAGCUCGCCGUGCGCGCGUGCUCCGAGCGCUGCUACGACGUCGUGCUCAUGGACUGCCACAUGCCAGAGAUGGAUGGGUUUGAAGCCACGAGGAAGAUCAGGGAGAUGGAGGUGGAGAGGCUGCAGGUGUACACAGCAGCCAUGGCCGCCUGUGGUAACGGCUCCCCUUACGGCAGCGCCGCCAGCUGGGUGGAUAAAAGCGAUGCCAGCGAUAGUGAGGCUAGUUCCCCCUCCCAGCCCCGAAGGGCUCAUAUGCCCCCGCGGCCGCACCGGACGUUUAUCGUCGCGCUUACUGCGUCUGCUCUUAGCGAGGAUAAGGACAGCUGCAUGGCUGCUGGGAUGGACUAUUAUUUAUCGAAGCCGAUCCGGCCGCGGGAGAUAGAGAAGGCGAUCAGGGAGAGCUUGACCCAGGCGAAGAGCCCGACGGGUGAGUUAAAGCCCACGUCGCCGCAGCUGAGGUACCAGCAGACGAAGCGGCAGCUGCUGCUGCAGCAGCAGGAGCAGCAGCGGCAGCAGGAGCAGCAGAGGCAGCAGGGUGUGGGGCGGGACGGGAGGGGGGCAGGAGGGGAGAGUGAGAGAGAGGGGGAGGAUACUGUUGAGUUUGUUCCAGGGAGGGGUGUCGGGAAGGUACAGGGGAGGGAUGCUGUGGGGGAAUCGAGGGGCGAUGUGGUUGGGGGAGGCGAAGGCGGGAGAGCAGGAGAAAUGGGAGGAGCAGCAAGUGGGAUGGACAGGAGUGGGAUGGGAGGGGGAGCAAUGACUAGCACAGGAACGGGAGGGGGAGGGGGAGGGGGAGCAGGUGGGGGAGGGGGAGGGGGGCGAGGGGGAGCGACAGGGGGGAGGGGGCGAAAGAGUCUGGCAGCGUACCCGUCAUUUGGGUCAUGGAACGAUGUGCUGGGGUCGGAGUCGGAAGGCUGUGCCUCUGAUGACUCCUCCCGGGGCCGCCCCCGCCCCCGAGGAGGGGCCGCCGCACCCCCUGGCCCCACUGCUGCUAGUGCUGCCGGUGCUGCCAGUGGUGGCAAGGGUGGUGGCAGUGGCUUGGGUGGUGGCAGUGGCAAGGGUGGUGGCAGUGGCUUGGGUGGUGGCUUGGGUGGUGGCUUGGGUGGUGGCUUGGGUGGUGGGAUGGGAGAGGUGGGAGGUAGACGAGGAGGAGGUGCAGGUGGUGGCAUUGCUGCUUCUGCUGGCAGUGGUGGACGUGCUGGUGGUGGUGGUGGUGGAGGUACUGGUGGUGGUGGUGGUGGAGGUGGAAUUGCGUUUGCAGCAUCCCCUCAGGCUCACACCAGCUUCCCUCGCUCUCGCAGCUCUGCCGCGCCCAGAGAGGAGGAGAGGGGGGUGGGAGAGGAGGAGGAGGAGGAGCAGGAGGAGGAGGAGGAGGAGGAGGAGGAGGAGGAGGAGGAGGAGGAGGAGGAGGAGGAGGAGGAGGAGGAGGAGGAGGAGGAGGAGGAGGAGGAGGAGGAGGAGGAGGAGGAGAGGAGGAGGAGGAGGGGGGGAGAAAGGAAGGAAGUGGAGAGUGACGACGAGGAGGACGAGGAGGGUGUGGUGGAGGGGGACUUAUACCUCCCUUCCCUUCCCACUGUCUCCCGUCCCCAGCACUAUCUGAAGACACCUUCCCUCCACUGCUCCCCCCCAACCCCCCGUCCAGGGGGGAUGGAAAGAAGAGGAACGGGGGAGAGAGGAGGCAGAGGAGGAGGAGGAGUAGGAGGAGGAGGAGGAGGAGGAGGAGGAGGAGGAGGAGGAGGAGGAGGAGGAGGAGGAGGAGGAGGAGGAGGAGGAGGAGGAGGAGGUGGGAGAGGAGGAAUGGAGAGGAGAGGGAGUGGUGACCCAAUGGAUCAAAGUAGGGAGUGGAAUAACAGCCGGGAGUGGACGAGCACUCGUGAGGCAUCCGGGAACAGAGAGGCCACUAAUGCCACCAGGGAUACUGCUGACUCCCGGAAUACCUCUGGUGGUGCUCGAGAGGCUACUAAUUCGAGAGAGGCGUCUGGGUCUUCUAAAGACGUCUCUAUUCCUCGUGACGGGCGGGACCUGGAUCGCAGCAGGGAAUGGAAUAAUAGUAGAGAGUGGAAUAACAGUAGAGAGUGGGGCAUGGCGAGGCAGGACGCCAAGGAGAGAUCACGGCUGGGGGGAGGCGCAGGGAGAGGGGGAGGAGGGGGAGCGGGGGGCGGAACAGGGGGGGGAGGGGGGGCUGCCCCUCCGAAGAGCAUCUUACGAGUGUCCACGUCUGAAAGUUACUCACGGCAGAACUCACAGGUGGGGGCGAGCGCAGGCGGGCAGGAGCGCGUUCCAGAGAGCCCCAGGCACGGGCGAAUACCCCGACCCGACGGGAGAGGGGGGAAGCCUCCGCCCUCUGGGGGGAAUGCGCCAGGGGGAGGGGCAGGGGCGCCUGGCGGGCGGGCAGGGGGGGCAGGGGCGGGCGGAGGGGUUGGGACUAGCGUGGGGAGGGGGAAUCCGGGAGGGUCGGGGCUGGGGAGAGGGAGCGGGGGGAGGGGAGGGGGUGGGGGGGAAGGUGUGGGGGAGAGUAGAGGAGAGGGGGCGGGUCGGGCGGUGGGAGGGGCAGGUGAGGGGAAGCAGAGUGAGAGCUACGGGGCAGGCAGGGGUGGGGGGUCUGGGCCAGGCAACCCCGCUCCUGUGAACGCAUCCAGGGGUGGGCCUCUGGGCACUCCUGGUAGUCUCCGGCGGGUCAACAGCAGCAGCCCCUACAGCGGCAGCAGUGGCAAUGGCAGCAGUAGAAGCCCGUUGGCGGAACAGCGAGAGGGCGACAGAGCUUCCUCUGUGGCUGCAGCAGACAGCGGGCAGGAAAGAAGCGCCGCUGGGUCAGACGGGCAGCAAAGAAAAUCCUCGCCGGGGUCCCCUAUGGAAGCCAUGCGAUCUCUCACAGACAGCCGCCCGCGCACAAGCGGAGAACUUUCUAAUCGCAUGGGCGGCACUGCUGGGAAAAUCCUGGGCCGCGGGUGGAGUGUCGGGGGAGGGGGAGGGUUAGGGGGAGGAGGGGUGCAGAGGGCGCAGUCUAUGUCCCCCCUGUGGCGCAGCACGAGCAUGGACCCGGGGUCGCUGAGUGCUGGUGGGGGCAGGCAGCCCAGAACGGGGUCGGAGCAGCGGGCAGCACAGGACAUGCGCAUGUGGAUUGAGAGGGCCAGUAACCCCAAGAUGGAUGAAUGGCUGUCGCAGCGUUUGCGCCACCACUCAUUCUUCCUCUCACCUGUUGCUGCCCCUCCCCUCUCCCUUCAUUUCCCCUUCAAGUCCUCACCUCUGCCCGUCCCACGAGCCGUAAAGAAAUCCAGCAGCAGCGGCACCACCCCUUUAUCUACUUCUCGCUUUAUCUCAUUUCCUUGCCCUGUUGUUGCCACUCUUGACCAUCCCUCUAUUUCCUUGCAGGUUGCCUCCAGCUCACCUCCGCCUGUCCCCCGCGCCGUGAGGAAAUCCAGCAGCAGCAGCACCACCUCCCUCUGUCUUCCCCUCACCGCUUUCUGCCCCUCCCCUCCUUCUCUUCCACUUCAGGUCGUCUCCAGCUCACCUCCGCCUGUCCCCCGCGCCGUGAGGAAAUCCAGGAGCAGUGGCACCACCCCUCCGCUGCACUCUGCCGACCGGCCCCCUUUACAGUCACACUCGCGCUCGCCGUCCCACUCACACGUGCCCUCCCAUCCCCAGCAGCAACAGCUGCAGCAGCAGCAACAGCAGCAGCGCAAGUCGCUUAGAUGCAUGCAGAGCUCUCCCUCUCUGUCCCCCAUCACAAGCCCGACUGGGGAGGAGAGCGAGAACAUGUUCCGAGGGGAUGGGGAGGAUGAGGAGGAUGAGGAGGAUGAGGAGGAUGAGGAGGAGGAGAGUGAGGUGGUGAGGGGCAGCUGGAGGAAUGACAGGAGAGGGGCAGCCGAUGUGAUGACACACCGAAGAGGGGCAGCCGAUGUGACACACCAGUGGGUGUAUGAUGAGUCUAUGCAGCUGCUGAGGCGACGGAGUGAGAGGGGUGGAGAAAGGGGAGAGGGAGCAGGGGAGGGGGGGAGGAAAAGGGAGAAGGAUGGAGAAGGGUGGGGGGAGGGUGGGGAAGAAGGGGGGGGGAAGGGGAGGCGCGUCGUCCGUCAGACUGACUGUUGUUUUUAUGGACUGGUGCAUGUAUGA